UCUCAGUGUAGUUGACAGAUGUCUGAUGGUAGUGUUCGAAAGUUUAUUUAUGUUUAUUUUUUAUUUAAAAUAAGUUUUUCGCCUCUUUUCUCGAUGGCUGAUGAAAGCAUUAAUUCCAGUCCACGAAAAUUGAAUAACUCCAUACACAAAUCACGUUUGCAUCGACGACAGAAAAGGAUUAAUGCUACAUUCAGUAAAACUGCGGAAUCACUCUGUAAAAAUGAAGUCGAGGAAGAAAAUUUAUCCUGUACACUUUUGGUAAUGUAUGACUCCGACGAGCCUAUGGAGGAUACUGUUAAAGAAAAGCCGUUGCCAAAAGUUAAUAUUAGUUACGAUCCAUUUGCCGAACAACGUCUUCUCGUCCUAGCGGAUCGGAGUAAAGCAAUGCCCAGCAGCUCUCGCCAUUUUAAAGCCACACAAGGUUUUGAGCCCUGUGAUAAUUUUAUAUUUGAACCUCCCGAACCGCGAGUAGAUAAAGUUAGUGAAACCCAGAAUAGUAAAACUGGUGCAUUUGAAAUCACAGAUUCUGAGCUGCUGCAAUUAUGCGAAGAAACGGAGAAGAAAACCAUAAGUUUGUCAGGUGUAAAAGAAGAUAAAAUGGAAAUAGAUAAAUCACCAAAAACACCCAAAGCCAAACGAGAAACAAAAUCGAUAGUAGAUUUAAUACUUGAAGAUUUCUGUAGUUCACCACAAUCCCCUGAACUAAAUCAAUCCUCGGAGGAGAGUAAUUUUAAUUUUCGGUUUGCUAAUAAACCCUUGAGAACCUAUAGCAGACCUAAACGCGAAAACGUAAUAGCACGUCAAAAUAUUGCUGAGCAAUAUACACAGCCCACAAAUAUUGUUGGACAUUUUGAAUUAAAUGACGAUUUGCUAAGCAAUGAUUCAUCCACCGACCUCUCAGUGCAGGAGGAUCAGACACAACUUAUACCUGUGAAAGAAGAAAUUGUCGUAUUGCAACGUUCACAGAAUUUAUGCGAAAAUUUACAGAAUUUAAGCGCCUAUUUUACACAGUUGGUAGAGGAGGAGGAGGAGGGAGAAAAAAGACAAGAUACGUGUAUGGAAUUAGUAGACCAUCAGUUAGAGGAAAAUAACAUUGAUGUGAGACAAUUUGAAGAAAAAAGUAGCUUAGACAAUUUCUUUACACCGACCAAAGCAGAGGAUGACUAUAUGCAGUGCGAGGAAGAGUUAGUGUUGCCAGAAACAGAGGAACUCUGUAGAAACAGUCCAAAUGAAUAUAUAUCAAAUGAAGAAGAGUUUAAAGGCUUCAGUAGUGAGGAAGACGACGCUAGUGUUGAUUUGCAAUUUGCAACAAAACAAAACUGUGAUACGUUAAAACCUAACGCGGAUACAAAUAAUGACGAACAAAAUGACGAAUGGUAUGAUGAAUGUGAUAUAUUUGCGAAAUUUGAUAUGGGUAUUGCUGUGGAUGCGGCUUCAUCAUUCAAGUUGGACAACGUAGAAACUUCCAACGCAAAUCAUACGGUGGACACUGUGGAUGCAUGUAAUUCUGCGCAAAUAAACGCCCAACCUGCAACAGGCUUUCGAACUGCCUCAAAUAAAGAAGUAAAAAUUUCUGCGGAGGCUCAAGCUCGUGCGACGUCAAUAUUGCAAAACUUACCACCACUACCAAUAAACAGUAGUUAUGACGAAGAGUUACCCAUGGAAGACGAUGAAGCUGAAGAUUGUACAAACGUUAUGAAUCGCACAAUAAUCAUUUCUAAGACGACGACAAUUGAUAAUUUAAUUGAUGCCUCAGCGAAAUCACAGACUCUACUCAACGCUGCUAAAAUCGAAACUAAUGAACAGCCAUUCUUUGUCGGGUUUACCACUGCUUCCCGUAAAACAAUUACAAUUUCCGAUGAAGCUAAACAACAGGCGGCGCGCAUUCUUGAGCAGUUAACGCCACUGCCACAGGACGAACCAUGUGACAUGAAUGACGUUGCUACAAACAAUGCCUCGACCAGCAAAGAGUUAUUUGUUGGCUUUCGCACAGCUUCAAGUAAAACAAUAAAUAUUUCGAAAGAAGCACAGGAGCGUGCAUUAAAAAUAUUAGAGCAACUGCCAGAGGUUGGAAUGGAAGAAGAGCAGGUUGACACAAAUAAAUUUGGUGGAUUUCGCACCGCUUCAAGAAAAACAAUACAAAUAUCCGAUGAGGCAAAGAAGCGAGCUGCGCGCAUAUUAGAAGACGUGCAGGAAUUUCAAGCAGACCAAAAGGAAAACAAUGGAGAUGAAGUUAACGGAACUUUAGAAAAUAUACAAUUUAGUGAGUGGCCUAUGGAAGGGGAGUAUCAGAUGGAUGUUGUUGAAAAAGUUACUAAUGAAAAUAUUGCAAAUGAAUACAACAUAAAUCUUCCCGGUUUUGCCACAGCAUCUAAAAAAGUGAUUGUCAUAUCUGAAACUGCGAAGCAAAAAGCUGCUGCUCUACUGGAGAGCUUACCUGAACUGCCCAUCAAUGACAACUUGAAUGUUGGAAAUAUCAAAGAGAAUUCAGAAACGAAAACGUUAAAUAAUUUGUUAUUUUCUGAGUGGCCUUCAGACCAAGUGAAUGAAGACUCAGCCCUUACAAACGAAACAGCUCUGAAUGGUUUGCAUAAAAGAAAGCGUAGCGAUAGCGAAAGUGCACAAAAUCAACCAGUACUUGCAUCAGCGCCUCAAACACCAACAAAAUUUAUUUGUAAACCAAUUUGUGGUCCACGCAGUCCGCUAGCGCACAUACAAACGACCGUCACACAUUCCAGUUUGAGUGAGCUGGCUGUAAAAACACCGCCAGAUUAUCGAGCUAGACAUGGUAUAAUAACGCGCAAGAAUCUGUUAUCCUUAAAUAAGAGUAAUAAAAUGAACGCGAAAUCAUUGCAACCAACUAAGGAAUCCAAGGUUGGAAGCAACUUUGCUGAAACACCAACAAAGCGUAGCAGCGCAACAAUUGCCAAUGAACCCAAAUCACCACCUGUCACACCAAUACCAAAUUUGCAAGAAUUCUUCACUUCUGCCGCCAUAAGCACCAGCACACCACAGCCACCGGCGCGAGAGCAAACUCACAUGCGCACACGUGCUAGAAAGCGCGCUGAUUUUGUAGCAGCUGCAUUGAGUACACCAACUACCGCAAAAGCAACAACAACAGCAACAAUAACGACACCAACCAACGAUAUCUCAUUUAAGCGUAUCGAUUGGGAAAAUGAGAGCGUAAAUAAAAGCGUCGCAUCGCUAAACGCCAGCAGAUUGUCAAAUACGUCGUGUAGUAACAUAACGAAGUUGGAAACGAAUCCGACUCCUAAACAGCGCAUCGCCCGUCUGCGUAUGUAUGGCAAACCACCAAGUGUCUCGCCGAUUUGUAUGUCCAGCACAAAUAAUUGUCGUAUAUCGGGUCUAAAAAGACGCACACGUAGCGCCACCAAAAGCGAUCACAUUGACCAGGAGUAGUAAAAAUCCCGUUAAGCAACGCAUGUAUAUAGUUAUCAAUAUAUCUUGUUAGCAAUAUGUAAAUAUGUAUGUAAAAUUUAUUUUAAUUUCGUUUUUUCGUUUUUUUUGAAUAAGUUCAAAAUAUCGUUUAAAUAUUAAUUCCAUUAUAUUUUUCAUUUGCAAAAGUAAUUUCUGCAAAAGUUAAAAAAGAAAAAUGUUUUUGUUUAAUAAAUUUUGUAAAAUCAUACCAACGUCGUGUAUGAGUAACUGAA